AUGUACAUAAAAUUUUCGCUAUUCACCGUUUGUUGUGUCAUCAAUGUUUCGUUUGGUUUGCAAAUUCUUUCGCAAACACAAACGUUGUGCGGAUUGGGCGAUGAUCGGAGAAUGCUCAUCUUCGACAUUUGCCCAAAUCAGUGCAGCAAUACCACAAAUCUGCUCACCCACGAGACGACGUAUCAAUGUGCGAAGCUUGGGAAAUGUCCAAUCGGCAGUAGCUGCUCGACGCGGGAACACUCGGUGACGUGUUGUUGCAGUGCGAAUUUCUGCAAUAUUGGCAAGGAGCCUAAUCCGCCACCCGAUAAAACCACCCUUCGCCCGCUAAGCCCAGGAACCACUCAUCAAACGACGACGCGAGUCACAAAAAUUUCUUCGCAAACCACGACAGUAAUCCCUUCUGCUGAUAGCACAACUACAGAUUUGACUCCAACUACAUCUAUUCUCCAACCGAAUCAGGAUCACCAAUUCGUGUGCUUCACCGGAGUCACCCUCGGUUUCCUGCCGUCGGAUAGAUGGACCACUGGAGCGCUGACGGUGUGUGAAGGUAUUUGCACAAACAUCAGCCUUGCUUUAUUCUACGUGCCGAUCACCGCCUACAUUUGCGAUGUGAAUCAGCUGUGCACGAAUUGGGCGAUGAACUCGUGUGAUUAUAUUUCACAGGGCACCCCGAUGACGAUGUGUUGUUGCAACUCGUCAUCCACUUGCAAUGUCGCCUCAUCCACUCCACUCCCUUCACCCUUACCAUCGGUUUCAACAAAAACCGAGACGAAUAACACGUGCUUUAUUGGGUUUUCUUUUCAAAAUGAGGUGCCAGUGACGAUGAACGUUUCGAUUCCAGCCAAUCUACCGGUCGGGAAUUUUGAACUCUGUGGGGGAGACUGUGCGAAUAUUACUCUAGGCGACUUUGGCACUCUCUACACUUGCGAUCCGAUCUCUGUUUGUGUUGGGCUGACGAUAAGGGACAAUUGUAGUGAUAUUGUGAAAGGAUUGUUGACAGGCUGCUGUUGCUCGAGUCACAACUGCAAUCUCCACAAUCAGACUCAGCCAUUCAAAACAACGACUUCAUCGAGUCAUCUCUUCACCGGAGAACCGCUCGUUGUCAUUCCAAAAGGCAAUCGUUUAUUUACACUAUAUACAACAGCAGUAUGCUGGAAUGAGAUCAAAUUUUUAACAUUAAUUGGAAGACUGUUAGAAAGUAAC